CUUCUCCCCGGAGCGAGCCGACCCCCUUCCAAAAAGACCCAAACUUUCCCCAAUCCAAUCUCCUCCAUCCCCUCCGCCGGAACCCUAGCCACCGCCACCGCCCCCCUCGCCGCACAUGACCCAGCCCUCGCCGUCCUCCUCCACGGCGCCAGCCGCCGCGCCGGACGACCCGACGUCCCUCGCCCCGGGCUUCCGCUUCCACCCCACCGACGAGGAGCUCGUCUCCUACUACCUCAAGCGCAAGGUGCUGGGCCGCGCGCUCAAGGUCGACGCCAUCGCCGAGGUCGACCUCUACAAGCUCGAGCCCUGGGACCUGCCCGCCCGCUCGCGCCUCCGCAGCCGCGACUCGCAGUGGUACUUCUUCAGCCGCCUCGACCGCAAGCACGCCAACCGCGCGCGCACCAACCGCGCCACCGCCGGGGGCUACUGGAAGACCACGGGCAAGGACAGGGAGGUGCGCCAUGGGGCAAGGAUCGUGGGGAUGAAGAAGACGCUCGUCUUCCACGCAGGGCGCGCGCCCAAGGGCGAACGCACCAACUGGGUCAUGCACGAGUACCGCCUCGAGGGCGACGGCGCCGCUGGGAUCCCGCAGGAUUCAUUUGUCGUGUGCCGGAUCUUCCAGAAAGCCGGCCCUGGUCCACAGAAUGGGGCGCAGUACGGAGCGCCCUUUGUUGAGGAGGAGUGGGAGGCCGACGAGGAUGAUGACGUUGGUCUGCUGCCCGUGGAAAGAGACGCUGUUGUCGAGCAUGAGGCUCCUGGCGCUAUGGAGAAAGGGUAUCUUCAGAUGACCGAUCUAAUUCAGGACUUGGCUGGCCAUAAUGAGAAUGGUGGUGUUGCUUUGCCAGUUUCUGACACUUCAAACAAUAGCAACCAAUCUGAAGAUGUGGAAGGAAAUUCAGGGGACAUUUUGAAUGAUCCAAAUAUUGGAUCUAAUUUUCUUCAGUAUGUUCAUCCUGCAGGACAAAACAAUCUAACGGUUAAUGAAAAUAUGUUUUCUAAUGCCAAUGGUGGAGAGUUUCUAAAUAGUUCUACCCCCAGUGAUGAAUUCCUGGAACUGAAGGAUUUGGAGUUUCCUUUAGACAAUGGUUCCACCAUCUGGCCUUCUGAUGCUUGGGCCUGGAAAACACCUUACGCCUCAGAUGCUGUAAAUGGGGCCAACAAUGAGGUUCUUCCAAUCAUGGGUGAACAGCCUUUCCAGCCAGAUGAGUUGGCGCAGUUGUUGCAGACAUUACAAGAUGACUCCUCUCCUUUGGGCUCAACCAUCACUGAUCUCCCACAUUCUUCUGUUACAAAUUCCUUUAAGCCAGAAGAUGAUCUGUUGUUCUUUGAUGCACCCUUUGACUCCACAAUGUUGAGUGAUGCGUUUACACAGCCAAAUAGAUUUCUCAGCUCCCCAGCAACCAAUCUAUCUGGCAUGGACAUGGUGGAUGAUGGUAUGCCAUACUAUGAUGCAGUGGAGGAUAACUUAUUUAAUGAUAUGAUGUGCUCUGUACACCAGUCAGCUGGGAGCAGUUCCCAUGUUUUUAAGGGGCCUGUUCUUACUCAAGAGGUCAACAAUACCACCUAUACAUAUGGUCCAACUCAAAAGGUUUUAGAACCUAAUUUUGUAGUUGGUACCCCAUCAGCCACUAGGUUACCUGAAGCUGGUAGUCAGUUAAAUUGUGUUGCUUUGCCAGAUUCUCAGCCCAAGAAUAGCUCUAUUGGAAAGCGUUUUGUAAGGAUGCUGGAUUCAAUCUCGGCACCCCCUGCCUUUGCAGCAGAGUUCCCAGCCAACCUUCGCAACACAGUCAGCUUCUCUACUGAAGUAAUCAUAUCUAGACAAGACAAGUGGUCCGUCCAGAAGGAUGAAGGUGUGGAGCUGCUCUUCUCCACAGCUAUCCAGCCCAAUAACCGCAUACACUGCGGUGGCUGCAACACAGUGACUGCGGUGCUGCGUGGUGGCUUCUGCCUCUUUUUCUUCUUGUCAGCCAUAAUGCUCCUGGUGAGCUACGAGGUUGGCCUGUGCAUCUAUGGCAAGUAGCCUGCCUUGUAUUGGGUAAAAAGAUUAUGACGUUAGUUAAUCGUAUGUGUAUUGAGGUGAGAACUGGGGACCUCUCCUGCUAGCCUAAAUGUAUUAAAUGGCAUGACAUGACCUCCGUAUGUGGCUGUUAAAUUUAACCUAAUUAGCAGUACCGUUUUGCA